AUGAUUAAAGUUUCAUCAGUCCAGAAAGGAAAUGUAGUAAUAUUAUAUUUGAAGCAAAGAAAUUGGCAAUAUGAUCAUAACAUAACAUGUGAUUACGAGAUUAAUAAAACAAUCGGAGUACUUUUUCUAAGCCUGAAAUAUCAUGUAACAAAACCAGAAUAUGUUUUAAAAAGACUUUUAAAGCUAAAUAAAAGUUAUAGAAUAAAAAUAUUAAUGAUCCAUGUUGAUGUACCAAACUAUAAUUCAGUAAUAAAACCAUUGUAUGACCAUCAGGAUGUAACAAUAAUUCUAUGUAAAAAUCAAGAAGAGUGUGCAGAGUAUAUAAAGAAUUUUGAAAAGUCUAAUGAGGGAUCAUCAGAAAUAUUAAGAAAUAAAGAAAGUUCAAUAGAAAGAUUUCUAUUAGACAUUCCAAAGGUAACACAAUCAGAAGUAAAUAGAAUAAGAAGCAAAUACACUAAUUUAAUUAGUCUAAUGAAUUCUAAAGAGACCGAAUUGAUGGAGACAUUUGGAGUGGGUAAAAGAAAGGCUAAAUCAAUUUUAGACAUUUUUAAUAAAAAAUUUAUAAACAAAUAA